UGAAGGGUAACUUGUUCGGGGAAAGAAAGCGGAACUGGCUAACUAGCACGCUAGCACGGUAGUUAGCCCGGAUCCUGCCCUGCGCUAACUUAACUUCGGCAGUACCGCAGCGACUCGUCGGACAAUGCCUCAGAAUAUCGAGCUUGGUGCCACUGGAGGAGCUAGACAGGACGGCAACAACAUGGCAGACAUGACAGUAGAAGAUAUCACCAUAAAAGCUAAUCAAGUGACUGACGAGUCACUGGAGAGCACAAGGAGGAUGCUGCAGAUGGCAGAGGAGAGCAAACAAACAGGCGCCAACACAAUGGUGAUGUUGGGCGAGCAAGGAGAGACACUGAAUCAUGUGGAGGAGGGCAUGGACCAGAUCAACAAGGACAUGAGGGAGGCUGAGAAAAACCUGACCGACCUCUCUAAAUGCUGUGGCCUCUGCGUCUGCCCCUGUGACAGAGUGACGUCCAUAGAGCACGACUCGAAGUACAGGCGUACCUGGGGGAUUGGAGGAGUGGACACUGGUAACAUACAGGGUGAGGGCGGGGCUGUGGUCUCCAGACAGCCCUCGGGGGUCCGCAAUGGCCAAGCCCAGAUGACCGCCUCGGCACCUUCGGGGCCCUACAUCAAAAGGGUAACCAAUGAUGCCCGGGAAGAUGAGAUGGAGGAGAACCUGGAGGCAGUGGGCGGCAUUAUUGGUAACCUAAAGAACAUGGCCCUCGACAUGGGCGGCGAGAUAGACAAGCAGAACAAGCAGAUUGACCGCAUCAUAGACAAGGCGGACAUGAACAAAGUGCGCAUCGAUGAUGCAAACCAGAGAGCCAACAAGCUCAUCAACUAGAAGACAAGACCUGCUUCAAUAAGCUUCAACCGUUAACCCUCAUCAAGCCUCUUCCAUGACGCGGUCUCUCUCUCUCUCUCACUCACUCACUCUCUCUCACACACACACACACAAUACAUAUUUGCAAGCUAGUCUUUUCUGCAUUCAUAUGUAGCCAGAACACAUAUCAAGACAUACGUAUAGACACAAACCUACACCUUUCACAGAUCGACACCAUCACUUGUCUGCCAUCUAUUCUUUGACAUGUCUGUUCGUAAUGACGUUGGACACUGAGAAGCAACAGAAGUGUCGGGUGCUGACCUGAAGAGGAGGUGACUGACUGCCUAUGGCUGUUGUUUGAUACCAAAUACAUAUGCGGGUCAUUUUAUUAUCGCAGCAUUUACAGGGAAAGAAAUGGUUGAAUUCUGCUUCUUUUUCUCAUUGUUUUUGGUCCUCCUUGUUGCUCUCGGCUUAUUCGUCGAACAUUUUGAUAACAUUUGUGACAUUGGAGUGGUUCAGAACAUGACAUUCCUUAGUGCAGUGUCUCACACUCUUGUCUGGUAUAUAUGUGUGGAUUAAGUUGCUGACUCAUACAGAUUAGCCUUUUUUUGGACAUAUAUACACUUUAACACUCAUUUGCAAUUUGCCUGUAAUUGACCCGGGUCUCGUUGUGGCCACUUCCAGUUAAGUCACAGAGCAAUGGGAUGUAAUUGGACCCUCCUGUAAUUAAUGUUAUUGUAUCCCAUUUUAAUAUGAGAUAUGCUUAUUUAAUUAUUCAUAUUAAGCAGAAAUGACUUGUGAAUAAAGUUAGAUUUUCUUAAGCACUUUUUUCCCAUGUCAUUUAUGCCGUUUCAGAUGUAAAAUGUUUGAGCCAGUCAGCAAAGCACCUAACCCAGUGUAAAAGCAAUUUUAAAGGAAUAUACUGGAAUUUGUUUAUUUUCUUGAUGAUGGAGAAUAUACAAAUUAUUCCCAUUUGCAAGUAAAAAAAAAGUAUUGAUCCGAGAGGUGCCUUUUGAAACUAAUCUAUAGCAUCCAUUUGCAUUCAUGUGUGGAAAAACAUGUCAGAAUAAGGGACUUUUUGUUGGCACAGGCAACCUGUUUGAUUCUUAAUAAAUGAGUGUGAAAGGAAAAAACGUACCGCUGGGUACAUGACAAAAUAGAAAGUUACUGUAUUUAGAUUUUCCUUGGUCACUGCUGGAUCAAAUGCUGUAGUUCACUGCCUCAUCGUUUCUUAUAUCAGGUGUAUUUUUUUGGUCCAUCUGUGACGUUGGUGUACAUACUUCUUUCUCCGUGGCUUUCUACAGCCUGCAGUCAGUUUAUUUAUCUAACCUUGUUCUUCUUUUUACCACCUUGGUAGUUAAUGGAGGUUUAUGGUAACAGGGGCAGUGUGCUAUUCUUUGCAGGAGUUCUUGCAUGGGUGUGGAAAUGUAUGGAAAAAUUAUGUGAUCAAGUCUGGGAGUUGCUUAAGUCUGCAAAAGCCUGUUCGCUUUAGACGGACACACAUCUUAUUUGUAGCUGUAAACUCGGGCUGUCCUGGUCAGUUCUCGUAUCGUAAUAUUUGAUGUGCAAAAAAACAGCUUUUCAGCUGACAGAACGGCAUAUUUCAUACCGGGCCAGGGACUAAAGGUCUGCAGGAAACGACGGCAUUGUGAAACAGGAAACAGUAGGACGUGUUUGCCGUGUAGAGGGCUCAUGGUUGUGUUGUAACAGCCGCUGUGUCAGAAGCUUCCUCUUUCCUGCGUUCUGUAAAUAGACACAUUUCACACAACAGCUGAAGCAAAACGUUUGUAUCUGGUGAUGCAAAGCGUAAUUUGCUUGGCGAAACUGCCGCCAAGCUGGAUAUAACUGGCGGCGAGACGCGUAAAAUAAAUAAUGUAAAUUUUGUUAGUUAUGGAUAAAUUUAGCAACGUGAUGAAGUACUGGGAUGGCUUUGUUGAGGUCUGCUGUGGAAAAUUGGAUAAUGAUGAGGUAACACAAUAUGCUGCAACACAUCUCAUGCAUCUUCUAGUUUAUUUCUUUUUUCUUUUUUUUAAAGGGAAAUGUUGAUUUUUGUUUUUCUGCCUCAGUCGAACGCCUAUUAAGUCUGUAAAGGCUGAAAACAACUUGUUGAACCCGCGUGGCUCCAAGUGGUGGUCUUCAGCUUCGUGCUGCUUGUCAGUUGUGAUCUAAUUAAACUCGCCCUGGGUUGCUUCUCUGUAAAGACGCUGUUUUGCUCGUUGUGUUACCAACAGCUAUUAGAUUGUAAAUACAUAAUUUCUGCUUAGUUUGAAUGUGUUGACACAUCUAACCUCCCCUAAACUAGCUUGUUUGUCCUCAUGUAGUAGGACUACACCAGAGCAGCGAAAAGUCGCGUUCUGAUCUCAGAUUCUGCUCUCAGGAGCUCCACAGACAGACCACUGACUCUCCGGUUACCCACUUUUGGGCAAGGCUGGGAUUAAGCAGAACUCAUGUUUGGAAUGUUGUUGGUCUGCAGGUAUUGAUGUCAACACAUGACAGCAAAAAACAAAACAAAACAUUGAUUUUUGAGUUGGAAUUGUAGCUCUAAAGCCAUUGCAAAGUGAAUUACCACAUUUGUUACACAUCGGGUUUAUUGACUCACGUUAUUGCAGAAAUAGUGGAAAAGCUGUGAAAUCAGUUUUUUGUUUGUGCCUUUUAUUUCACGCCCGCCUGUAUUUCAGGCAUCCUGUUUGGAAAAUGUAACUGUUUAUACUUAAUAAAUAUCUUCCGAAUUCAA